GCAGCGAAGCGCCCUGCAGCACGGGGAGCAGCGGCAAGUUGCUCUUUCCGCCUUGGGCCGGGCGUGCGGUGGUGCAAACAAGUCGCAAAGGUCGGGACUCUCUGCCUCCGCCGCUCGGGAACUGAAACUCGCCAGGUGCCGCCGCCCCAGGCUCGGAGUCGGCCGCCGGCGGGAACGAUUUGAACGGGACCCGGCUGGUUCGCAGGGCGAGGCCCAGCCGUACCUCUCCCCUCCUUUCUUCCCUCCCCCCGGCCCUCCAACUUUCCUCCUGCUCCCAGAGCCCCGGAGGGGAAGGCGAAGAGGCGCCCGGUGCCCCGGAGUCGGCCCACCAUGGUCUGGCCGGGUUUGCCUUGCGUGAUUUGCACUUUGGCCGCCCUGAGCCUGUCGCCGCUGGCCGCCGAGCCCAAGUCGAAAAGUUGUUCGGAAGUGAAGCGGCUCUACGGCUCCCAGGGUUUCAACAAGAACGAUGCGCCCAGCCACGAAAUCAACGGUGAUCAUUUGAAAGUAUGUCCCCGAGGUUACACGUGUUGUUCUCAGGAAAUGGAGGAGAAGUACAGCCAGCAAAGUAAAGACGACUUCAGAGGCUCUGUCGGAGAGCACUGCAAUCUCUUGCAAACAACAUUUGGCUCUCGAUAUAAGAAGUUUGAUGAAUUCUUCAAAGAACUACUUGAAAAUGCAGAGAAGUCCCUGAACGACAUGUUUGUACGGACAUAUGGUCGCUUAUACAUGCAAAAUUCAGAGCUAUUUAAGGAUCUCUUCGUAGAAUUGAAGCGAUAUUACGUGGGAGGAAAUGUGAACCUGGAAGAAAUGCUAAAUGACUUUUGGGCACGACUUCUGGAACGUAUGUUUCGACUGGUGAACCCACAAUACCAUUUCACUGAUGAAUAUCUUGAAUGCGUGAGCAAGUAUACGGAGCAGUUGAAGCCAUUUGGGGAUGUCCCUCGAAAAUUAAAACUGCAAGUGACCAGGGCAUUUGUGGCCGCCCGCACUUUUGCACAAGGCCUGGCGGUAGCAAGAGAUGUAGUUAACAAAGUAUCCGUGGUAAACCCCACACCCUCGUGCACACACGCCUUGCUGAAAAUGAUGUAUUGCCCACAUUGUCGAGGUCUGGUGACUGUGAAGCCAUGUUACAACUACUGUUCUAAUGUCCUAAGGGGCUGCUUGGCCAAUCAAGGGGAUCUGGAUUCAGAGUGGAAUCAUUUUAUAGAUGCCAUGUUAAUGGUGGCAGAAAGGCUGGAAGGUCCUUUUAACAUUGAAUCAGUUAUGGAUCCCAUUGAUGUGAAGAUUUCUGAUGCCAUCAUGAAUAUGCAAGAAAACAGCAUGCAAGUGUCCCAGAAGGUUUUCCAAGGAUGUGGACCUCCCAAGCCCCUAUCACCAGGUCGGUCCUCUCGUUCAGUUUCAGAAAGUGGCUUUAGCGCUCGCUUCAGGCCGUAUAAUCCAGAGGAACGUCCAACCACAGCUGCUGGCACAAGUUUAGACAGAUUGGUGACUGAUGUCAAGGAAAAAUUGAAGCAGGCCAAAAAAUUUUGGUCAUCUCUUCCAAGCAAUGUUUGUAAUGAUGAGAAGAUGGCUGCAGGAAAUGUCAAUGAGGAUGAGUGCUGGAAUGGAAAUGCCCAAAGCAGGUACCUGUUUGCAGUGACAGGAAAUGGAUUAGCUAAUCAGGGGAACAAUCCCGAGGUGGAAGUUGAUAUCACCAAACCAGACAUGGUGAUUCGUCGGCAAAUCAUGGCUCUUCGGGUAAUGACCAUCAAAAUGAAGAAUGCCUACAACGGAAAUGAUGUAGACUUCAUUGAUAUAAGUGAUGAAAGUAGCGGAGAAGAAAGUGGAAGUGGCUGUGAAUCACCACAGUGUGCUUCCGAGUUUGUGUUCAACGUGACUGACAACGCUGGGAAAGCCCAAAACAAUGACAGAAACGUAAAGGACAGUUCUUCUGCUAGCACUGUUGAACCAUCACGUGUAGCUGUGAUCUUUGGCAUCAUGUUCUUGGUCAUGCAAAGACAAUGGAGAUAAUUGUAACCCCUAAAGAAGAGACUUUUAUAAUCAGAGUUGCGAGGCACCUAUUUUCACUUUUAUACCAUCUAGUGACUUUGCUUUUUAAGUUAAUGGACAACAGUGUACAGUUUUUAAUAGGCGGCCACUGGUUUUUUUUAAAAAAACGUUGACUAUUUUUCAUUCACUGUUCUGGAAAAGAGGGACUUGGACUUGGAGUUCUGCUCACCAAGAAUUCUUGUUAAAUGUGGCUAACAGAGUGUAUAUACCGAGCUGUAGUUAGCUGUUCAUUUGUGUUUUUAUCGCUUUCUUUUUUUAAAAAAAAGUUGUUUUGGGUUUUUUUUUCUUUUCAAAUCAUACCAUUAUUUCUUACAAGAAAACCAGAGUCCUAUCUUGGCAUGUAACAAGGAUGUUUUUCUGAAAAUCUGAAAUAUGUACAGAAGCAAGUUUUAUUUAUCAUGUUAUCUUAUAUAUAUAUAAAAAGCACCCAACAAACAGAAGGUAUGUUUUGUGUAGUAAACUUCCCACUUAUCCAUGUUAUGUUUGUUGCCUUAUCUGGAGAGAAUUAGAGGCAACUUGCUUUUAUUCUAUCUUAGGACAGAAUGUGAAGGCAGAAUUGACUGUCAGGCCACUUAUGCCAGACCUAAUAUAGCAUUAAUAUCUGGAGUGAUUAGACUUCACCCAGGUCUGGGUAAAUUGGAAGAAACUGCAGACAGUGUCAGUUUUGCAUAAGCUAACAAGAGCUUUGCCUGCCAUUCCCAGAACCAUUUUAUUAAAGUGUAGCAGUCCUGCAUUGGUCCUUGAAUUGUGCUCCUUUGAAAGAUUUCAGGCAAUAUUGUCCAUUUUGUUAAAACCUAAAAUGUUCUUGAGUUGUGCAGCAGUAAGCAUUUGCCUUCAGAUUGUUUAUGGUGUAUGUUGGAAUUUCUUUUUCAGGUAUCGUAAAUUGUCUUGUUCAAGCCUUUUUGCCCCUCACUCCUCAUAAGGAACAGAUAGUCAAAGUGAGCCCAGCCUAAGGUUGGCAAAAUGUUACACGGUCAUCCAAAAUAACCCAAAGUUUGAGUGAAUUUGAGCAUCCAGAUUGUGGGAGAAGGUGAAGCUCAGUGAUGCCCCUUCAAAGCUGAGACCCUUGGGGGUCACUGGAGUGGAUUGGUCAGGUCCAUGUGCCCUUGGAUGGUGUUUCUGCUGGUCAAUUUGCAGUUGACUAUUGUCUUGUCCCCUGGGGAAAUACUUCUCCUUGUGUCCCUUGCCAGAGAUGAGGGCAGGUAGUAAGUGACAGUUUGACCAUGGAAUUAUGGAAAGGAACUGAUCACUUUAAAAAGGAGUGCCUGAAAGUCUGCUGAAAGACUAAAAAUUAUUCUGCAAGUCGCCUCUUGCUCCUGACAGCCAUUGGAAUUCUGACUGAGUCUACAGAAUCUUGAAAAUACAGAAGGUUUGUUAUGGUCAAAUCCCUGUUUAAGGAUGAUUUUCUAUUUUUAUAUUGAAAUAAAAUUUCUUGUUAGCUCAGGGUCAACAUUUCAUUGAACAUUUUUUCCACCAAAUUUCUGUAGAAUGAUAAAAGUGGAAUUUUUGGGGCUGUUACAAAAAAUCCUGGAGGCUUAAUUUUACUAGAAGUAGCCAGUUAUUUAUUAAAACCUGAUGUUAGUAAAAUAAGCAUAUUCUGGCUAGUUUGUUCUUUUGGGUUUUCUUUUUAAACAAAUCACGGAAACAUAAAACUGAAAAGGUUAUAAAUUUAUGUGUGGGAAAAAUAAAUUGUAAAUAACUAAGUUGCCUUGUGAGAAAUUGGAAAACGUGCUGAUACUUAGUAACUACCUCAGUUCUGAGGAAUUUCCUUUUUAGCUUUGAGUGCUUUACUUGGUAGAAAUGAAUCUGGUCUCCAAAAUGUAGCUAAAAGAGUUAUCCCCAUAGACCUUGUUAGAUUGUUUUUAAUUUAGAGCAUUGAACUAUGUCCAGCUGUCUUCUUUCAGUCAAGUUCCCGAACACAAGAAAAACUUCGAAUUAAAUAUUCUUGAAGAUU